CUUUAUUCACUAGAAAGUACCAAAUUUCUCUUUAUAAAGAAAAAAUAGUUCAAGUGAUAAGAGUAAUUUUUUAGAUUUACAUGAAUGAAAGACAAAAAAAAUUCAAUAAAUAAAAGAAGAGUGUGAAAAUCAUUUUCGUCUCGCAAAACCCGACCGUGGUAUAAAGUAUAAACUGUUCCAAUAUUCAUGCACCCACUGACCCACACCACAUAUGCAUAUUGCAUACAGCUUUUCAAAAUUUGUUGCCGAGACUCAUCAAACAACCAGCCAAAUGCAUUUCUCACUACACCCCUUCAUCUUCUCUCUCCUUCCCCUGUUUUUCUUCCUAGUUUUCCUUCUCAAAUGGCUCUCCAUCACCGCCCGACCACCGCGCAAAAACCCACCGCCGUCUCCCCGAAAGCUCCCCAUGAUCGGAAACCUCCACCAAAUUGGCCCCUUCCCCCACCUCUCCCUCCACUCCCUCUCCCAAGCCCACAGCGCCUUAAUGCUCCUCCACUUCGCCGCUGCUCCCGUCUUGAUCGCCUCCUCCGCUGCCGCCGCCUGUGACAUCAUGAAAACCCACGACCUUAUCUUCUCCAACCAACCCAAAUCGACCAUUUGUGAAAAAAUCAUGUACGGAGAGAAGGAUGUGGCUUUUAGCCAUUACAGUGAGUAUUGGAGGCAGAUGAAGAGCAUCUGCGUCCUCCAACUACUAAGCAACAAGCGAGUCCAGUCCUUUCGCGACGUUAGGGAAGAAGAGACAAUGCACGUGAUUGAGAAGAUUUCAGAUUCUGGUUCUGAUGUGGUGAAUUUGAGCAAAUUGAUUGUGGAGUUGACAGGGGACGUGGUGUGUAGGGUGGCGUUGGGGCGAAAAUACGGCGGCGGCGGGGGUGGGGAAGGAGGAGGGGGCAGGAGGGGGUUUAAGGAGGUUUUGGGGGAGUUCGUGGAGUUACCGGGGUUUUUUGAUAUUUUGAUAUUGGAGAUUUUGCCCCAUGGCUGAAGUGGGUGAAUAGAGUAAAUGGGGUGUAUGGGCGAGCGGAGAGACUUGCUAAGGAGUUGGAUGAGUUUUUGGAGGGUGUGGUGGAAGAGCAUGAGAGUAGAGAGAGACAGGGAGGAGAGAGAGAGAGAGCAGGAUUUUGUGGAUGUGUUGCUUGAAGUCCAGAGAGAGAACGUGGUUGGGAUUCCUAUUCAUAGAGAUAGCGUCAAAGCUCUUAUUUUGGAUGUAUUUGCUGGUGGAACUGAUACUACAUCCACAGCUCUAGAAUGGGCAAUGAUAGAGCUCUUAAAAAAUCCUCAAGCCAUGAAAAAACUCCAAGCCGAAGUCUGAAGAACAACCCAACCCAACCAGCCCAUAACCGAGGACGAUCUAGACCAAAUGCCCUACCUAAAAGCUGUGAUCAAGGAGACUCUACGCCUCCACCCUCCGGUUCCCCUUCUCGUGCCUCGGAAGUCGACCAAAGAAGUCCAAGUAAUGGGCUACGAUGUUGCGGCCGGGACGUGCGUGGUUGUCAACGCUUGGUCGAUUGGGCGGGAUCCGGCGUCGUGGGACAAGCCCGAGGAGUUUAGGCCCGAGAGGUUUUUGAACCAUCGGGUCGAUUUCAGAGGGCAGGAUUUCGAGUUGAUUCCAUUCGGAGCGGGGAGGAGGGGGUGCCCGGGGAUUCAGUUUGCGGUGGCGAUGGAUGAGCUCGCCGUUGCAAAUCUGGUGCACAAGUUUGAUUUUGCACUGCCUGAUGGGGUGGAGCUGGAUGUGAGUGAAGAUGUUGGUAUCAAUGUUCAUAAAAAGUUGCCUCUGCUUCUUGUCGCAACUCCUUGGCCUUGCUAAUCCAGAGUACCAUGUGAAAGUACUUCAAGCUCCUAUUAUGAUAGCAUGCAUGAAACAUAAGUCUGUUUGGAAAUUAGUUAUUUUCACAACAUGGGUAUUUUGGUAACUAAUUAAGCAAGAGGGACUCAAGAUGGGAUUGCUAAUACCUGGUCCAUGGUGGGAUUCCUAAUGCACCCAUUUUGCUGGAUUGAUAGUCCCAUGGGUUUCAUAAUCCGAUCAACAAAUGCAAAACCAAACGCAGGCUUUGGCGGCCCCACGGGAUUACUUAUCACAUCCCAUGUUUGUUUGUUUUUCUUGUAUUACUGCAUACACCUUUUCUUUUAACCUGUACACUUCUCGCCUCCACCCGAAAUCGCCAUGAAAUUGCCAUAACAUUGCU